GCUCACGUUCGUGGGGAAUCCCCCUCCGCCCCCUCCACCGUGCGUCAGGCACCGGUUAAACCAGGGCGAGAGUCGGCGGCUCCACUCACUCUGCUGAGCAGCGCCUUCAGUACAGCAUGGAGCAGCGAGCACUAGCACUAGCGCCGGUGAUGGUGAUGGCCAUGAUAGGCGCUGUGGCCGCUCAACACUUGUGCGCCAAAGGCAUGUUUCGGGACAGCAAGACCGGCCAGUGCACUCCAUGUCCAGCAACCUCCUACACCAGUACCAUGAACAACCAGUCGCAUUGCAACCGCUGCCGCAUGUGUGCAGUAGGUAAAUCCCAGACGCUGUUUCCGUGCCUGGCCACAUCCAACACGGUGUGCGAGUGUAAAGAGGGAUACAUGUGUACCCGUAGUGACUGCAAAGCCUGCAAGCCCCACACUACGUGCAAGAGAGGACAGCGGGUGGAAGGAGAGGGCGACUCGUUCAAGGACAGGCGGUGCCGGGACUGCCGCAGCGGCACCUUUUCCAACCAAGACAAUGUUGGCACCUGCACACCGUGGACCGACUGCUCGGCUACAGGUCUCCGGGUAGCGAGGAACGGUUCCAGCACCGAGGAUGCAACGUGCGGCGCGCCCCUGGCAACCCCGGCGGCUGCCACCAGCUCGAACUGGUCCAAACACAGAACCCCAACACACCCCGGCCAGCCCUGGCGCCAAGCACGAUGGGAUUGCGGCCAUCAUCGCCAUAGUAUUGGUGCCAUGUGUCCUCAUCCCAUUCACUCUCUACGUUGUCAUGCAGAACAAGAAGUGGCAGAAGAAACCCAUGGAACUGGAUGUGAAGAACAAUGAGGACGUGCCCUUUGCCCUAGUGGUGCCCGUGGACAACCGGUGCAGCUGGCACUGUCCGGAGGAGGAGACGGGAGACUGGCAGCUUCGGCAAGAGACCGCUACCAAACGGCCGGAGUGAGGGCGGACGUGCUGCCGAGGGACUGAGGAAUGACUGGAGGAUCAAUCCGCAAUAGUGGACCAGACACUAGGUCAACAACCUUCACCGCUUCUUACUCUCAAGUUCAAAACCUUCCCAAAAGCUCUAGUUAACAAUACUCUGGUGUGUGUGUGUGUGUGUGUGUGUGUGUGUGUGUGUGUGUGUGUGUGUGUGUGUGUGUGUGUGUGUGUGUGUGUGUGUGUGUGUGUGUGUGUGUGUGUGUGUGUGUGUGUAAAUAUGCAAUAUUCAAAAUGUUAUGGACAAGAACUUUGUGGGAACUUGGGAUGACGGACACACCUCCCCCCCCCCCCCCCCCCCCCCCCCCCACCGCAGUGAGCCAAGCCAGCGCCACUCAGCAUGAGAACCUGGGAAAUAUGAGCAUCCUUUGACAACCCUGUACUGAUCAAGAGCACCCUGCCGCAUUUGGUGGUGGAAGCAGAUUCAGUUGUUAGGUCCAGAAAGGAAACCAGGUCAGAAUUUUGAAUGGUGAAAAUCAGCAGGGAUGUGGGAAGAGAGCAGUAGGGGUUAUAACGCAGGAGUUGGUGAGGGAGAAGGAAUGGAAGAGGCUGAGGAAGGGAGUGCAUGCUUGGGUUUGUGUGAGGGAUGAGCAACCAGUGGUGCAUCAGUCCCCAGGACCCAACAUGCCACAGCAAGGAAAGGCAAGGAUCCCGGAGCCUGAGGUGGAGCUCCAACCUCACGUCUCACGUCACUGAGGCUGUCUGUGGUGUAGUGGGCUUGUGUUUGGAGGAGGAUGAGGGGCGAGUGGGGAGGAGGGAGCAGGGCGAGGAGUUGCGGGAAGAGGAUGAGAGCGGAGAUGAGCUGGGGUUUGUUGGUCAGUUUGAUCACAAUGUCUACUUGUCAUACUCCAGGUCUGGGGAUGAUGGUCAGUAUCACUGAUCGCACAGGGCGGCACGGUGGCGCAGUGGUAGUUUUGCUGCCUCACAGCGCCCGACUCCCGGGUUUGAUCCUGACUAUGGGUGCUGUCUGUAUAGAGUUUGCACGUUCUCCCUGUGACCACGUUGGUUAUCUACGGGUGCUCCGUUCCUCCCGCACUCCAAAGACGUACAGGUUUGUAGGUUAACUGGCCUCUAUGAAUUGCCACUAGUGUAUAGAAUAGAACGAGUUUACGGUUGAUCAUUGGUUGACGUGGACUCGGUGGGACAAUGGACCUAUUUCCACGCUGUAUUUAGUUUAUUUUUUAGUUUAGAGAUACAGCAUGGAAACAGGCCCUUCGGCCCACCGGGUCCACGCCGACCAGCGAUCCCUGCACAUUAACACUAUGCUACACCCACUAGGGACAAUUUUUACAUUUACCAAGCCAAUUAACCUACAAACCUGUACAUCUUUGGAAUGUGGGAGGAAACCGAAGAUCUCGGAGAAAACACACGCAGGUCACGGGGAGAACGUACAAAAUCUCCGUACAGACAGGACCCGUAAUCGGGAUCGAACCCGGGUCUCCAGCGCUGCAUUCGCUUUAAGGCAGCAACUCUACCGCUGUGCCACCAUGACUGCCCAACAGAAAAACACGGUUUACUGGGCACUGUUGGGCAAUAUUUUGCUCCUAUAUGUACAUUAUUUUUAAUAUUCCGGUGAAGGAUAAUGUAUUUACUUAUGUUUAUUUUAAAUGUGAUGGAAGUAAAUAAAUGUUGUGAAUCCAG